AGGGCUUGGGAAUUCUUUAGGGAGGAAAAUGGGCUCUUAAGAUAAAACAUGUUAAUUUGAACGUAUAAAUUUUAGACUUGGAGAUGAGGGAAUGGCAAAUCUAGUUAAAUACAAAGGUCUGUGCAUUGUUAACUAAUGCGUUGCAUAUUGUGAUAAAGUUUAUUCCAACUUACAAAUGACAGUCUCCACCUAUCACAUGUGGUCUUCACUGCUAAACCAGCAGAUCUCCAGGAGAAGAUGACUGUCUUCUUUAAAACACUCCGAAAUCAUUGGAAGAAAACCACAGCUGGGCUCUGCCUGCUGACAUGGGGAGGCCACUGGCUCUACGGGAAACACUGUGAUAACCUGCUAAGAAGAGCAGCCUGUCAAGAAGCUCAGGAGUUUGGCAAUCAAUUAAUUCCUCCCAAUGCGCAAGUGAAGAAGGCAACUGUCUUUCUCAACCCUGCAGCUUGCAAAGGCAAAGCCAGGACUCUGUUUGAAAAAAAUGCUGCCCCGAUUUUACAUUUAUCUGGCAUGGAUGUGACUGUCGUUAAGACAGAUUAUGAGGGACAAGCCAAGAAACUCCUGGAAUUGAUGGAGAGCACAGAUGUGAUCAUUGUUGCUGGAGGAGAUGGGACACUGCAAGAGGUUGUUACUGGAGUUCUGCGAAGAACAGAUGAGGCUACCUUCAGUAAGAUUCCCAUUGGAUUUAUCCCACUGGGACAGACCAGUAGUUUGAGUCAUACCCUCUUUGCCGAAAGUGGAAGCAAAGUCCAACAUAUUACAGAUGCCACACUUGCCAUUGUAAAAGGAGAGACAGUUCCACUUGACGUCUUACAGAUCAAGGGUGAAAAGGAACAACCUGUGUUUGCAAUGACUGGCCUACGAUGGGGAUCCUUCAGAGAUGCUGGCGUCAAAGUUAGCAAGUACUGGUAUCUUGGGCCUCUAAAAAUCAAAGCAGCCCACUUUUUCAGCACUCUUCAGGAAUGGCCUCAGACUCAUGAAGCCUCCAUCUCCUACACGGGACCUACAGAGAGACCUCCCAGUGAAUCAGAAGAGACCCCUCCCCGGCCUUCUCUGUACAGGAGAAUAUUACGCAGACUUGCCUCCUACUGGGCACAACCGCAGGAUGCCCUCUCGCAAGAGGUGAGCCCAGAGGUCUGGAAAGACUUACAGCUGUCCACCAUUGAGCUGUCCAUCACAACCCGGAAUGGCCAGCUUGACCUGACAAGCAAAGAAGACUUUAUGAACAUCUGCAUUGAACCUGACACUGUCAGCAAAGGAGACUUCAUAACUAUAGGAAGUAAAAAGGUAAGAGACCCCAAACUCCGUGCGGAUGGCACCGAGUGUCUCCAAGCCAGCAGGUGCACCCUGCUUCUUCCUGAGGGAACAGAGGGCUCUUUCAGCAUUGACAGUGAAGAGUAUGAAGCGAUGCCUGUUGAGGUGAAACUGCUCCCCAGGAAACUGCAGUUCUUCUGUGAUCCCAAGAAGAAAGAACAGAUGCUGCAGAGCACAGCCUAGUGAGUGGACAGUGACGAGGGCCUCUCCGAGACCACACUUUGGGCCACCCGUGGGACCAAAAGGAAACAGAUGCCUCAGCUGUCCCCAUAGGGUUGUCAGAGAAUCCCAAGGGCAUUUUCACAGCAAGUAUCCCGUCCUCCUCAGCAGUGCUUCCCAUAGUGCACCCUGCCACCUGCUCUGCAAUUGGUACUCCAUUAGAGCAUGCUUUCAUUUUGGUGUGAUAGUCAGUCCCUCCUAGAUAGUGAUUUCCCUCAAGCUUGUCAAGGACAUUCUUACUCUCAGUGGUUGGAAAGGGCUAGAGCUUUGUUAUCUCCUUGAAGUGCACCCAUGUAUGGAGAACAGGAUCUAAUUUUUUUUUUUCUUUUGGUACCAGGGAUUGAACCAAGGAGUGCUUAAUCACUGAGUCACAUCCCCAGCCUGUUUUAUUUUUUGAGACAGGGUGUCUCACUAAAUGAGACUGGCUUUGAAUUUGUGGUCCUCAUGCCUCAGCCUCUGGAGCUGCUGAGAUUAUAGGUGUGCACCACUGCAACCAGCAGGAGAGCAGGAUGCUAAAUUUUGUCUAAGAUCGUCCAUCCCUGUUCUUUGAUUGUCCGGGGGAAGCAGUGCCUUCCCCAGGUGCCCUUUCCUAUGUCUGGCUCCUCCAUGGGUGAUGCUACUUUGUGAGCUCUGGUUCUUGUUUAGCUAGUUUCAGUUCUAUCCUCAAUUCAAAAGCAAAUGUGAGGUAGUUUCCUUCUUCAACCAUGGCUAAACUAUUGUAAAAUGCAAUUUUUUUCUUCUUUUUUUAAAGAAGUGCUUCUUCAAUGUUGGUUGGUUUGCAUGAGAACCACUUGGGGUGCAUGCUGAAAACUGACUUGGGGCCCACCCCAAACUUAACAACUCAGCCAGGGAUGGGCCAGGAGUCUGCAUUAGGAAGGCUUACUUCAGCUAAAUCUGUAAGUUGAUCCUUUAACCUUACUUGGAGAAAGUGUUUUAAAGUAAUGUUCCACCAACUAUUCUGCUCAUGUUUUCCCCAAAAGUAUUUGAAAAAUCAUGUAUCCCAUCAUACAUCUAUGUGACAUCUAAAAUUUUUGUGGGAAGUUAAAUAGUUGCCAAAAUAUGUACUUUCUAAUGUCAUGUAAAUAUUGAUGUUUUAAAAUAACUGUUACAUCACUCUUUUAAACAUAUCCAGUGCAAUUUGACACCUCUCAUUCAUUUGUAAAAAUAAAUGAACUAGUUAUUUAGUGGUUUAAAAUUUUAAAUUAUUUUUUCUCCCUGUGGGUGUAUUUCCAUACCACUGUCAGUAAAAAGAAUCUUAUCAUAAUGUAAUCUAUUUUUAUGCUUGACAUUUUUUAUCAAAUGCUUCUCAUCAUCAAAAAAUUAAAAUGGAAAUAAGUUUUUUUUAGUUCUUACAUGUUUACAGAAUAAAUGUUACCAUAAUUACUGGUAUAACUGAUUAAAACUAAUAAUUAAAAAUAUUAGAAUGUUCUUUA